AUGGCAGCGAAACUUGACGACCUCUUCGAUUUUAAACCAGACGUCGCUGGCAAUACUCGGGGCGAUAGACCACAUAUCAAAGCAUCGUUAAUGAAAGUUAAAACGUACCUAUCGGCACUACGACCAUGGUCCCUAUCGGCCAGUUUGAUGCCAACGCUACUCGGCACAACACUCGCGUUACGUGUGCGCGGAUAUGAGUCCUUCAACGUGUGGACAUUCUUUUGUACCGCGCUAACGGUCAUGACUGUGCACUGUGCUGGAAAUCUAGUCAAUACGUAUUAUGACUACGUGAAGGGUAUCGACGAUCGAAAGGCAGACGAUCGAACGUUGGUCGAUCAUAUUCUUAGUAAAGAUGAGGUUGUUACCUUAGGCGUGUUGCUAUAUUUAGCCGGCUGUUUGGGAUUUGGAUUCCUUGUGUACCUAUCACCCGCCAAGCUGGAACAUCUUGCCCUGGUGUACUUUGGUGGACUGUCGUCCAGCUUCCUGUACACCGGUGGUAUCGGCCUGAAGUACAUUGGGCUCGGUGAUGUGCUCAUCUUGGUCAUCUUUGGACCCAUCUCCGUGCUGUUUUCAUACAUGGCACAAACCGGGUACAUCGAAUGGGCUACCAUUUUCUACGCCAUUCCGCUCGCGCUCAACACGGAAGCGAUUCUACACAGCAACAACACGCGGGAUGCAGAAUCGGACAAGCGGGUCGGCAUUGUGACGUUGGCCAUCCUGAUCGGUAGGACGUGUUCGUACGUGCUGUACGUUGUGCUACUCUUCACGCCGUACGUGAUCUUCGUGGUGCUCGGUAUGAAAUACUCCGUACUGUUUCUGUUGCCAAUGGUUACGUUCAAGCAGGCAUUCGCACUCGAGAGACAGUUUCGCAACGAGAGUACCGUGCAGAAGGUACCCCGUCAAACGGCCAAGCUGAACCUGUUCUUCGGUAUUUUGUAUGUCGUGGCCUGUUUCGGUGCAUCCCAGCUACCGCUGAUAACGCAAAAGUGA